GGCCAGCACUGCACAUUCCAGAGGGGGAGGAAGACAGAAGGGACUCUUCUCAACCCUGAGUUCCUCUGGCUGAUCUUUCAGAACACUUGAGGUGCUGCAGAACAGGUUCCAGGUGCGGGCAUGCUGGAGGUUCUGGCGUCCUCUGUCAAGGAAUGCUCUGACCACUGACUGACUGCUGAUAGUUACACUGAAGACACAGAGCUGGUGAACAGAGAAAAGAGGAGGGCUUGGUCACAGAGCACCGCUAAAGAAAUGAGCCGUCAGACUGCUACAGCACUACCUACAGGUACUUCCAAGUGUACGCCAUCACAGAGAGUGCCUGCACUGACUGGCACUACAGCUUCCAAUAAUGACUUGGCUAGUCUCUUUGAGUGUCCUGUCUGUUUUGACUAUGUGCUGCCACCAAUUCUUCAGUGUCAGAGUGGCCACCUUGUUUGUAGCAACUGUCGCCCCAAACUUACGUGCUGUCCAACUUGCCGAGGCCCGCUGGGCUCCAUUCGUAACCUGGCUAUGGAGAAAGUUGCCAAUUCUGUACUAUUCCCGUGUAAAUAUGCCUCUUCUGGAUGUGAGAUAACUCUGCCACACACAGAAAAAGCAGACCAUGAGGAGCUAUGUGAGUUUAGGCCUUAUUCCUGUCCAUGUCCUGGUGCUUCAUGUAAAUGGCAAGGUUCUCUGGAUGCUGUAAUGCCACAUCUGAUGCAUCAACAUAAGUCAAUUACAACACUUCAGGGAGAAGAUAUAGUGUUCCUUGCUACAGACAUUAAUCUUCCUGGUGCUGUUGACUGGGUUAUGAUGCAGUCUUGUUUUGGCUUUCAUUUCAUGUUAGUAUUGGAAAAACAGGAAAAAUAUGAUGGUCACCAGCAGUUCUUUGCGAUUGUACAGCUGAUAGGAACACGCAAGCAAGCAGAAAACUUUGCUUAUCGACUUGAGUUAAAUGGUCAUAGGCGGCGACUGACUUGGGAAGCAACUCCUCGAUCUAUCCAUGAGGGAAUUGCAACAGCCAUUAUGAAUAGUGACUGUCUAGUCUUUGACACCAGCAUUGCACAGCUCUUUGCAGAAAAUGGCAAUUUAGGCAUCAACGUAACUAUAUCAAUGUGUUGAAAUGGCAAUCAAACCUCUUCAGGCCAGUGUUUAAAACCAUUGCAUUUAAUUUAGCAGAAACUAGGGUAACCAUCGUUGACUGUCAGACAAAUUAUUUGGUAGAUGGAGGAUAGA